AGCAGCUCCCAAGAAUUGACCACUAACAUCUCCCACAAAGUUAAGAUGAGAUAUACCGGAUUUCAAAUCAGCUGUUGGAAAACCUUCAUGUUGUUGUGCCUCUAAUCUAUUAUUACAUACAUAGGUAUAGAUAUUUACUUGUUUCUUUUUCUUUUAUUUAAUUAAUGUCUUCCUGAAUAAUACCUGAAGUUAAUCAACGAGGCAAAGGAGAUGACAGGGAAAAAGGAAAAGGCCAGUGAGAAAAGGGAAAAGAGACUCCAAGAGAUUUCCCUUCUUAGGACCAUUCCUUAUUCUGAUCAUCAAAGGUGGUGGUCAGAAGAAACAAUUGCUAUAGUAACGGGUGCAAAUAGAGGGAUUGGGUUUGAGAUUGCAAAACAACUAGCGGGGCAUGGAUUGACUGUAAUACUAACAUCAAGGGACACAAGUGUGGGCAUUGAAGCAGCCAAGGUGUUACAAGAAGGAGGUUUCAAUGUGGAUGUCCAUCAGCUCGACAUCUUGCACGAGGAAUCCAUCUCUGAAUUUACUAAAUGGAUAAAAGAAAAAUAUGAUGGCGUUGAUAUUCUGGUAAAUAACGCAGGUGUUAACUACAAUCUUGUGUCUGGAAAUUCAAUGGAGUACGCGAAGCAGAUGAUUGAGACCAAUUAUUUUGGCACCAAAAAUAUGAUUAAAGCGAUGAUUCCAUUGAUGAGACCUUCCGCUGCUGGGGCUCGUAUUGUUAAUGUUAGCUCACGCCUAGGUAAACUAAACGGCCGCCGCAGUAGGAUUGAAGAUGAAGCUUUGAGGGAAAAGCUAAGCAAUUUAGAAACUCUAUCUGAGGAACUAAUUGACAACAUGGUGUCAACAUUUCUACAACAAGUUGAAGCUGAUACAUGGCAAUCAGGUGGAUGGCCUCAGAAAUUUACCGACUACGCUGUAUCUAAACUUGCUGUUAAUCUUUACAGUAUGCUAAUGGCUAAACAACUCUCUGAACGACCAGAAGGUGAAAAGAUAUAUAUAAAUUGUUAUUGUCCGGGAUGGGUCAGAACUGCUAUGACAAGUUGGUCCGGUAAUGUCUCGGCAGAGCAUGCCGCGGAUACCGGCGUCUGGCUUGCUUUGCUUCCCAACGAGGCCGUCACGGGGAAACUUUUUGCUGAGAGACGGGAAUUGAAAGUGUGAGACAAUGAAAAAAAAAAGGUUACAUAUUGUAGGGUUUAAAGAAGAUUUGUUGAGUUUAAAAAGUUUGAAGGAAAUUUGUUUAACUUGUGCUUGUGAAAGCUUUUGCUUUUAUUCAUGGAAACUGGAUUGUGCCAUAUUUGCUUCAACCUUCUAGUAUCUUUAUACCCAUAAUGCUACUUUUUGAAUGAGUUGAGCUUUAAAUGAACAAAAGCCUACCCUACCCAAUUCACUCAUAUACUUAUAGUUUGAGUUGCAAAUUUGUUAUGUUUAGACAACGAAAAGGAAAGUAAACAAAAAACCAUUGCUAUAUUAAAACUACUUUACUUUUUACUCCAACAAA